AAAGUCGGACGCUUUAUGUGACGGACUUCCUCUAAGUAUCGGCCACGGGGAAAAUAACAUCGGAAAAUCCCGAGCCUGAAGCUAAAAACAUCGAAAUUUCACGUUAUUUAACAGCUAUAAACACCUGAGAAGGAUUCACUACAACUGUAAACGUCUGAACUACAAAAAUGCCCCAGAACGAGCACAUUGAGUUACACCGCAAGCGGCACGGCUACCGCCUGGACCACCAUGAAAGGAAAAGGAAGAAGGAGAGCCGUGAGGCCCACGAGCGCUCUCACAAAGCCAAGAAGCUGAUCGGCUUGAAGGCCAAACUAUACCACAAACAGAGACACGCAGAGAAGAUCCAGAUGAAGAAGACCAUCAAAAUGCACGAACAGAGGAAGACCAAGCAGAAGAAUGACGACAAGACCCCCGAGGGAGCCGUGCCAGCUUACCUGCUGGACAGAGAGGGACAGUCCCGCGCCAAGGUCCUCUCAAAUAUGAUCAAACAGAAGAGGAAAGAGAAAGCUGGUAAAUGGGAGGUGCCGCUGCCAAAGGUCCGCGCCCAAGGAGAGACAGAGGUGCUGAAAGUCAUCCGGACUGGAAAGAGACAGAAGAAAGCCUGGAAAAGAAUGGUCACAAAAGUCUGCUUUGUCGGCGACGGCUUCACUCGUAAACCUCCGAAAUAUGAGCGUUUCAUCAGACCCAUGGGUUUGCGAUUUAAAAAGGCUCACGUCACACACCCGGAGCUGAAAGCCACAUUCUGCCUCCCCAUCCUGGGCGUGAAGAAGAACCCUUCGUCGCCUCUCUACACGUCUCUGGGAGUCAUCACCAAAGGAACCGUGGUGGAAGUGAACGUCAGCGAGCUGGGCCUGGUCACACAGGGAGGAAAGGUCAUCUGGGGUAAAUACGCCCAGGUGACAAAUAACCCGGAGAACGACGGCUGCAUCAACGCAGUCCUGCUUGUAUGAGACUCUCUAAUGGUGCCGCUGACUCUUAAUUUAUCUUAAGAGUGUUUAUUACAUCAAAGAUGUGAGGAGCGUGGCCUGCAGGAACACCAGACACCACUUUUUUUUUUUUUUUUGUAAGAAGACACUCAACGGGAAAGAAAUGGGCUGAUUGCUGUUGAUGAAUAAAGUUGUUAUGAACCUUUGUUU